CGUGCAAUAAGGAAGGAAGCGUCCAGAAAAGAGAUCGAGCAGAGAAAAGAGAUGGAACCCUAAUCUAAUCUAGGCAGGAAGAUGAUGAAUUUGGGGUUGAAGAUGAUGAGGAACCUUGGAUCUGGGUGUGCGAAGCUUGGACGCAGUGAGAGAUGGUAUUGUGUUUCGAGACGUGAAAAGAUCUCCUCCUCCUCCGUUACCUUCUCGACACCUCCAGAGGUUACCUUCUCGACGCCUCCUUCUGUAGUUAGUCUCCUGUUUACAUCCUUCAUCGGGUAUCUAUGGUACCAAACAAAAGCUGCUUCAGAACAGGAACGUCUCCGGGGUGUUCUGUCUGAAAAGAGAAACCAGAUUAGGAUCCUGUCGCAACAAGACGAGUCAAAGCGUAAGAAAGUAGAAGAGGCAAAAAUAAAGCUUAUUGAAAAGGCAGCAACCGUGCUUAGUGAAGAAAUCCAAGUCUAAUGUCUCAAGUCUCUAUGUAUUCAAUAUCUCUCUCUCUAUGUUAUAUAUAAGUUGGUAUGCAGUUUGUGUUUCACUGUCUUCUAAAACUGAUAUGUAAUAAGUUUUCUACUUCAAAGAGAGGCAUAAUUUAUAUAUAUAUGCUAGUGAAGGAAUUUGAUA